AUGUUAGCAUGCGUUGACAGAUUUACGAGGUGGCCAGAAGCAAUUCCCAUCGCCGAUUCCACCGCCGAGACCGUUGCCGAAGCCUUUUUGCACGGCUGGAUAGCCCGUUUUGGUGUGCCGGCUACCCUUACCACAGAUCGCGGUCGCCAGUUUGAAGCCAUGCUGUUCACCCAGCUCUUGGAGACCCUCGGCACACAUCGGGUACGAACCACCUCAUACCACCCCCAAGCAAACGGGCUCGUUGAGCGUUUUCACCGGUACCUUAAGGCCUCCCUUUCCUGCGCGCGUGAGCGUACCCAGUUGUUCGCCGCUCUUCUUACAGUGCCGCUCGGUAUUCGGACGGCCCUCAAGCAAGACAUCGGCGCCUCCAGCGCAGAACUCGUCUACGGGACGUCACGGCGUUUGCCGUCAGAAUUCUUCCAUCCUGUGCGUCCCGAAGCAGCCGAGCCAUCGUCAUUCCUUCGCCAACUCCGUUUGACAGUGUCCCAGCUCUGCCCUUCCCCAACCCGACGACGCCUCCGUAACCAUCCCUUCAUCAGCCCCGAGCUUGAAAGCUGUACACAUGUUUUUGUUCGCCGGGAUGCCGUUCGUAAGCCUCUUCAGCCUCAUUUCGACGGCCCCUUUCAAGUUCUCCACCGAUACGCCAAGUUCUACCGUGUACAGAUUAAUGGCCGCGUGGACAACAUUUCCAUCGAUAGUCUAUAG